AUGGUCCUUACGCUCCCUCUCUCACUUUGUAGCAUCGUCCUGGUUGCUGCGGAUCCGGCUCUCUUCGAGCCCGACCCGUUUACCGGCGUACAGCAGCAGCUAAGGGGGCCGGCAGAUCUUGAUCCUUUUGGUGACACUGUCGAAGAAGAUGGCCGCAGUGAGAAGUGGCUGAGAGACAUCAGCACCCGGACCAAGAACCACUUCAAGAAGCUCCUGCAGCCUCUUCAGACUCCGAUCGUGCAGGAGUACCAGGUCUUGACCAUCCUCGAUGGAUACGUCAACUACACGAUGCAGCUGGUUUCGAAUGCCACGGGCCAUGAAGUCGUCUGGAACAGGACCGGCCGUUUUCUGUCCGAGGAGCCUCGAGAGUUGAGGCCCCGAAAGCAGGAGCUGCCGCCCAGAGCACGCUACAUCAACAAGAUCUUGCUCUACAUAAACAAGGAGAUGGAGGUAGUGUGGAAUCUCAAGACCAUUGUUGACAGAAAGCGGUGGGGUGUCGGAAACGUCAUCACCUCCUCGCCCUAUGGCCCGCAUGGUGAACAUCCAGAGCGCUGGAGGGCAAAUGGUUCAUUCCCGCUUCCCGCCGCUGCCCCGAACAACAGCAUUCUCUUGCAGGACAAGAGAAUCAAUCUGGUGUUCCACAUCAAGCCUGAUGUUGAAGAGCACGAGAACAAGUACGCGAAGCAACUCCAGGCCGACUACGAGUCCUUGGUCCACAACAUCAACGAUGCAAGUCAGAAGAUCAGCGAUCUUCGGACCAGGCUCUGGAAGAUGGAAGAUUUUGCCAAGCAGUUCAUCGCCCUCCCCUCCGGCGUGUGGAACAAGAUCGAUGCGAACUGA